AUGGGUCAGUCUUUAUGUGCUCCUGUUUUAUCUAAGGAAACAAAAAGCUGGCAGAAUGAAAAUUAUAGUGUUGCAGUAUCCAGCAUGCAAGGGUGGCGUGUACAUAUGGAAGAUGCCCAUAUGUGUUUACUAGAGCUUCCUGGUGAUCCCAAGGCUGCUUAUUUCUCAGUUUUUGAUGGACAUGGAGGUACAAGAGUAGCCGAUCAUGCAAGUCGUCAUCUUCACGAGAAAAUUAUUGAGCAGAGUGAAUAUGGCCGAAACGAUAUAAAAGAGGCUAUUCGUCAUGCUUUUCUUUCUAUGGAUGCCGAGAUGCAAUCUGAAAUGACUACAUACUCUGUGAGAUCGUUAACACCGAAAUCAGACAGAUCACUUAGCCCAACAGCCACUGGCUCGGUUGCAAAGGGUACUACUGUUGAAAUGCAUAAUGACAAUCCAACAAGCUUCUCUGUGAAAAUCCCGAAUCCAGGAGAUGAAUUGGCUGGAUCUACUGGGAUAAUAGUCCUAUUAAAAGAUCAAAUGCUUUACUGCGGAAAUGCUGGAGACAGCCGUGCAGUAUGUAGCAGACGCGGAGUCGCGGAGCCUCUAUCGACGGACCACAAACCAACUUUACGUGCCGAAAAAGAACGUAUUUCUGCUGCUGGUGGUUGGGUCGAUGCAAAACGUGUGAAUGGGAAUCUUGCACUAUCACGAGCUUUCGGAGACUUUGUCUUCAAGCGUAACCCACGUCAGUCUGCCGAAAAUCAAAUCGUAACUGCAAAUCCGGAUGUUUUCGUUCGACGACUUUCGGUCGAAGAUGAUGAAUUCAUUGUAUUAUGUUGCGAUGGUAUAUGGGAUGUAAUGACCAGUCAGGAAGUUAUAAGCUUUGUUCGCCUGCGACUCAGUUAUGGAAUGCUUCCGUCUAAGGUAUGUGAAGAACUUAUGAUGCGAUGUCUAGCACCCGACUGUCAUACAAAUGGUUUGGGCUGUGAUAACAUGACUGUCGUUUUGGUCUGCCUCUUACAAGGGCGUUCGUUCGCAGAUUUGCAACGUAAAUGCUCUCGACCGUGCCCAGCCGGUCCAGCAGCUGAUAUUUUAGGUGCAUGA